AUGCUUUGUAAAUCCGAAUUAAUAGGUACAAAAUUAUCGGGAAGUGAAUUUAACAACAUCGUUAAGGUAAAAUUGUAUAAAUUUCUUAACAAUGAUUUAACUCACAAAGGUUUUACCUACAAACUCGGCCUUAAUGUCGAUACUAUUACAUUUAACCCAAAAGAUGAGUGUUCCGCAGGAGGUCUUUAUUUUUGUGCAGAAUAUGAUUGUUGUCACCAUCUAAAUAGAUAUGGCGAUUUUGUUGCAAUAGUCGAAAUACCUGAUGACGCCCAAGUUUACAUUGAAGACCGCAAAUUUAAGGCUGAUCGAAUUGUACUUAAAAGUAUCAUUGAAAUUAAAAAUUUGCCAGAACAAUUUUGGAUUGACAUUAAUCAAAAUUAUUGUAUGGCAUUACAAUUUAUAAAAGAACAAACUAAAGAAUUAUGCGAAUUCGCAGUUCAACGAAAUGGUUUUGCGUUAGAAUUUGUAAAAGAACAGACUGAAGAAUUAUGCGAAUUAGCAGUUCGACGAAAUGGUCGGGCUUUGCAAUAUGUAAAAGAACAGACUGAAGAAUUAUGCGAAUUAGCAGUUCGACGAGAUGGUCGGGCUUUAGAAUUUGUAAAAGAACAAACCGAAGAACUAUGCAAAUUGGCAGUUCGGCAAGACGGUUUUGCGUUAGAAUUUGUAAAAGAACAGACUAAAGAAUUAUGCGAAUUAGCAGUUCGGCAAGAAGGCCUAGCGUUACAAUAUGUAAAAGAACAGACUGAAAAAUUAUGCAAAAUGGCAGUUCAACAAGAUGUCCGGGCGUUAGAAAUUGUAAAAGAACAGACUAAAGAAUUAUGCGAAUUAGCAGUUCAACGAUAUGGUUGGGCGUUAGAAUUUGUAAAAGAACAAACCGAAGAACUAUGCAAAAUAGCAGUUCAUCAAGACGGUUUUGCGUUGAAAUUUGUAAAAAAACAAACUGAAGAACUAUGCGAAUUAGCAGUUCAACAAAAUGGUUGGGCUUUGCGAUUUGUAAAAGAACAGACCAAAAAACUAUGCGAAUUAGCGGUUAAACAAAAUGGUAGGGCGUUAGAAUUUGUAAAAGAACAGACUAAAGAAUUAUGCGAAUUAGCAGUUCAACAAAAUGGUUGGGCGUUGGAAUUUGUAAAAAAACAAACUGAAGAACUAUGCGAAUUAGCGGUUAAACAAAAUGGUUUAGCUCUAAAAUAUGUGAAAGAUAAAACUAAAGAGAUAUGCGAAUUGGCAGUUAAACAAAAUGGUUGUGCAUCGAAAUAUGCGAAUUGGCAGUUAAACAAAAUGGUUGUGCAUCGAAAUAUGUAA